UUCUAUACCGAUAAAUUAUGUCCAUUUGAUUUGAUUUUUUUUUUUUUUAAUCUCCAAACUCCUCUUCCUAUAAAAUGCAAAACACCACGAAUGGCUAGGGAAGGAAGAAGAUAGAAAGAAACAAGAAAAGGUGAGUAGGAAGAGGAGGAGGGUCUUCCAGUAGAGACUUGUCUUCUUUUCUCGAGAAUCAGACUUACAUAAAAAAGAAGGAAAAAUACGAGAGCCUGAUCCAGACGUCAUUUGAAAGCGGGUAACGGAAAGGGGAAGUGUCAGGAUAUAAAUCUGUGGAACAGAGAUAAACAGAGAGAGAUAAAUGGGGAUGUACGAGCCUAUUAGGCACGAUGAUGUUGAGAAGGAGCAGGAGGAGGAGAUGCGUGGAGUGAGACAUUCGGUUGAAGGUGAAGAUGAUGUUGAAAUGGCUGUUCAUGCAAGAUCCGGCACCGCCAUUCCCAAUGCCUGUCAUGCUUCUAAUAAGAUUGAAGAGGAAAGUUCCAAGCAAAAGCGUCACCAGCAACAACGUCUUGUUUCGCUGGACGUUUUUCGUGGCGUGACUGUUGCGCUAAUGAUAUUCGUGGAUGAUGCUGGUGGAAUCCUACCUGCAAUUAAUCAUUCGCCUUGGGAUGGUUUAACACUUGCAGAUUUUGUCAUGCCAUUUUUCCUCUUUAUUGUUGGUAUCUCACUUGCACUUACCUACAAGAAAUUGUCAUGCAGAGCUGUUGCAACUAGAAAAGCAAUACUGCGGGCUCUAAAGCUUUUAAUGUUAGGCCUGUUUCUUCAAGGUGGCUUCUUCCAUGGCCUUAAUGAUUUAACUUAUGGGGUGGAUAUUGAACAUAUGAGAUGGAUGGGCAUACUACAGAGAAUUGCAAUAGCAUAUCUGUUGGCAGCAUUGUGUGAGAUUUGGCUGAAGGGUGAUGGUAAUGUUAAUUUGGCGUCAUCUCUGCUUAGUCAAUAUCGAUUCCAGUGGGCUUUGGUUUUGAUGCUUAGCACUCUAUACCUUUCCCUGUUAUAUGGCUUGUAUGUGCCUGAUUGGGAGUAUCGAAUUCCAAUUGAAACUUCCUCUUCUCCACCAAAAUUGUUUUCAGUGAAAUGUGGAGUGCGCGGUGACACUGGGCCAGCUUGUAAUGCUGUUGGAAUGAUUGACCGCAAGAUAUUGGGUAUACAACAUUUAUAUAAACGACCAGUCUAUGCACGAACGCAGCAAUGCAGUAUUAACUUCCCAAAUAAUGGCCCAUUACCUUCUGAUGCUCCAUCAUGGUGCCAAGCCCCUUUUGAUCCUGAAGGACUUCUAAGUUCAGUGAUGGCGAUUGUUUCCUGUUUUGUUGGUUUGCAUUAUGGGCACAUUAUUGUCCAUUAUAAGGUGACAAUGUCAGAGCUUGCUUUCCUUUCCUUACCAAAGGUUUAUAUUUUUUUCACAAGUUUUUCUCCCCAUAUUCAGGACCAUAGAGAUAGGAUAUUUCACUGGAUGUUUACAUCAUCAUGUCUUGUUGUCUUGGGGCUUGGCCUGAACUUAUGUGGGAUGCAUUUUAACAAGGCACUCUACACAUUCAGUUACAUGUGUUUCACUGCUGGUGUUGCUGGCAUUCUCUUUGCUGGAAUUUACUUCAUGGUUGAUGUGUGUGGCUGUAGACGGCCCACCUUUGUGAUGGAGUGGAUGGGCAUACAUGCACUGAUGCUUUAUAUCCUUGCAGCCUGCAAUGUCCUGCCAGUUUUCCUCCAGGGAUUUUAUUGGAGUAGGCCUCGGAAUAAUAUUCUUACGUUAAUUGGAAUAGGAAGAUGAAAGGGUCAACGCGUUACACUUUCUCCGCAGCUGCACUUUCAGUUUCAAGGUCUUGGGGCUGCAUCACCCAACUUCAUCUUAUUGAUUUUGGGUGGUUGCUGUUAGUGCCACCAGAGAAUUUUGGAAUCGGGUCUUUAUAGAAAUGGAGACAAACUUUCUCUCCUCUAAUGUUAACAACAAACUCCAUUUUAACUUCUGUAUAAAUAUGUAGGUAGAGCCCUUCUCUCUCUCUCUCUCUCUCUCUCUCUCUCUCUCUCUCUCUCAUUUGUAAUAUGUAGUAGAGCUUUAAACAGGGAGAGCUCAUUGGAACUUUUUCGUGGUGUCUUAUUCAAAAGAUGUCUUUUUCCCACCA